AAACGAAUAUUACAAGCUAAAGUAAACCAAUAAAUUACAAACUAUUUCCUACAGCUAAAAUAUAUAAUUUUGUAUUUGAAGUAAGUCAAUAAAAAACUAAACAAAAAGUUCCCUAGAUUAGCUUGGCUUUAGUAUUUGACGAAAACAACUAAAAUGGUAGGAUUGAAUAUGGAUGGACCAGCGAGAGAUAGGGUUUUGAAACUAAUGCAAGAAAAAGAUAGAAUUGAAAGUGAGAUCAGAGAUCAAACUGAAAUUUUGGAAACCAGUAAUGUGGGUAUGAACGACCCAUUGGUGGAUCACCAAGGAUACCCUCGAAACGACAUUGACGUUUAUAAAGUAAGACAUGCCAGGCACCGGAUAAUUUGCUUACAAAAUGACCACAAAGAGCUCAUGAAACAAAUUGAGCGAGGCUUGACAGAGGUCCAUUCUGGAUAUGUGGGGCCAGUCGUGGAGGGAGCAUCAUCAAGAACUGCACCAAGAUAUGUUAAUGGAACUAGUAAUGGCCAUAAUACACAAUUUACAAAUGGAGAUGAUACAAGCCAAAGCUUUGCUACUGUUGGCUUUGUACAAGAAGGAUCACCAGCUGAUAUGGCAGGGCUAUGUGAAAAUGAUGAAAUUCUGCAAUUUGGUUCAAUAAACCAUAACAAUUUUUCUGAUGUCACACAGUUGCAUCAAAUAGUGUCUCAUUCAGUGGGACAGAGGAUUCAACUAAAAGUAAGACGGGACCAAACAGUACAAAGCAUCACUGUGGUACCUAGACCUUGGGCUCAACCUGGCUUACUUGGAUGUCAGAUACGGCGGCUGUAAUCUGUUAUUACCAUAAGAAUUUAAAAGUCUUAUGCAUUAUUAUUAUUAUACAAAAUAAAAUAUAAAAUUCUUAUUACAGAUAUUUCCUUCUCCAACCAAAAUACUCUUGCAGAAAGAUUUAUUAUUUGUAUCAUAAUAAUGUUAUAUAAGUUUUAAACCUGUAAUUGUUUGUAUAUUUAUAUUAUAUAUAUAUAUUGUAAAUUUAAUAAGGUGUUGAAUAAAGAGUCUGUAUGGUUGA